AUGUCGGAUUACAUAUAUCGCCCACCACCGCCCCCACCACCACCGACACCUUCCAACAGCUCCGGGGGCAGCGCAAAUCGCGGGGGAUACAAUGCGAACUCACAGCGCGGCUCUGGAGGCAAUCGCGGCAAUAGAGGGGGAGGCGCACAUAGCGGAGGCUUCAAUCGUGGUGGUAGUGGUGGUGGUGGUGGUGGUGGUGGAAAUGCUGGUAUUGGGGGACAAUGGGGAGAUUCUAGUCUAGGUCAACAGUACCAGCAAUUCCCCCAACAGCAGCGGCAACCACAUCCACUCCCUCAAUUCCCACCAGCUGCACACUACAACCCAGCCUUUGUAGUACAUCAGCAACAUCAGGAGCACCAUGGGAAUCAGCAAUACCAGCAAUACCCAUUAUAUCAGCAGCAGCCACAUCAACCAUAUCAAAACCACUAUUUAAACAACAACCCAAUCUACACAAAUCCACAGUACCAGUCACCACCAGCUCCUCCUCCUCCUCCCUCCCAGCAGCAGUUACAUAACCCAUACCUCUCCUACUCUCAAGAACACUACCAGUCCCAGCAUCCGCGAUCCCUACCCCUCAAACCACCCCAAAAGCAGCAGCAUCCACCCUUCCCCGCUGCCGGCUGGCCUACCCACUCCUCCUAUGGCCACUUUAGCCCGCCUCCCCAACCGCCUCCUAGAAAGCAGCAGAAACGGGAGCGUGAUGAUAAACCUGAUAUGGACAAAGCUACAUGGCUCUCUCUCAACGGCGGGAAGCUCAUUGGGACUAAUAUCGCCCCUCCGGAGACACCGGAGGAGAUUGAGGUCUGGAUCGCGCAACGAAAGAGUCGAUUUCCGACUGCGAAGAAGAUUGGGGAGAACCUGGAGAAAAAACAGGAGGUAGCUGCGAGGGCAGAAGCAGAGGCGAAGAGGGUUGCUGCGCAGCAGAAAAAAGAGAGGGACUUAAAAGCUCAUGCAAUAGGGGGCAAACGAAAACGUGUCACCGCUGAUACUGGAGAUGGAGAUGGCGCGCCACUAUUAUUAACGGGCUCAGACAUCGAUAAUGACUACGACACCAACGCCUCUGACUCUGACUCUGACUCUGAUGGUGCACCGCCUGAAAUCGCAUCCUCAAAAGUCAAAUCUACAGUCCCCGAAUCCGCAAUCCAAAAGCCCGAGGGACAGGGGUUCAAGAAGUCAACUGGGCACUGCCGUGAUUUUCUGCGCGGAAAAUGCGCGAAGGGCGAUCGGUGCAGAUUUCGGCAUGAAAAGGAGCCAGUUAAGAAGAAGGAAACUAAGGCCGAGGAGAAAAAGACUUUAUAUCAGCGGCUUGUGGAGCACGAUCGGGAGAAGGAGAAUACUCUUAUGCUACAGGUGAUUCAGUACCUGAUCGACAAAGGGCAGCUGCCAGAGGAAACAUGGCCCCGUCAGGGAUAG